AUGAGUGAAGAAUAUGAGAGUACACAGUUAUCUGUGGACAGUAUUUUAAGCGAUGUUUAUGCCAAAAGAAAAUCUUUUAAGGCUCAACCCAAAAUUGAUAUUCUAGAUAUCGAUGAACUUAGGGAAUUACAAGGAAGGAAACGUAAGGAGUUUGAAUCCUACCUCAAAAGAAAUAGGUUGGAUAUUAGACAAUGGUUACGAUAUGCUUCGUUUGAAUUGGAACAACGUGAUAUGAGACGUGCAAGAUCUAUAUUUGAAAGAGCUCUCUUGGUUAAUAGUGCACAUAUCCCGCUAUGGAUUAGAUAUGCUGAUUCUGAAAUAAAAUAUAAAUAUUUAAAUCAUGCUAGAAAUAUCUUAGACAGAGCUAUUACCACACUACCGAGGGCUGACAAAUUGUGGUACAAAUAUUUAUUCUUAGAAGAGUCAUUGGAAAAUUGGGAUGUGGUUAGAUCAUUAUAUAACAAAUGGUGUUCGUUAGAGCCUGAAAGAGGCGUUUGGAUUUCAAAUAUUGAUUUUGAAAUACGACAACAGAGAUAUGAUAAUGUUAGAAAUAUUUAUGAAAAAUUUGUAUUAGUUUAUCCAGAUGCUGAAACAUGGUUAUCAUGGGUGAAAUUUGAAUCUAUAUAUGGUACCGUUGAAUCUAUUAGGAAUAUAUACUCAAUGGCUUUGGAUGUCCUUAUAUCAUAUGAAUCCACUAUGGUCCAAAAUGACAAUUAUGAAACUGGAAUAACGAAACUAGCGCUGUUAUUUGCUCAAUGGGAAGUUUCCGAAAGGGAAUAUGAGAGAGCCGCAACUAUUUACAAGGUUUGUCGAGACAAAUGGCCAAAUAACUCUAUUGUGAUUAAGAGUCAAGACGAAUUUAAUAGAAAUUUUGGAAGUGUGACGGAUAUUGAGGAUACUUUAAUUGCGAAGAGGAAAAUUAGUUAUGAAGAGGAGUUGAACAAUGACGUUACAAAUUACUAUACUUGGAUGCUUUAUAUCGACUUGAUCCAAAAAUAUUACUCUCAAAAUAUCAUUGAUGUCUUUGAAAGAGCUGUGACAACUUCCAUACCAAAGCAGAAAAAAAAAAAGGAUAUCCAGUGGAAGCGUUACAUAUACUUAUGGAUCAGAUACUUUACAUUCAUGGAAUUGAAUAAAAAUGACAUUGAGCGUAGCAGAACGUUAUAUAAGCGAUGCUUGAAUAAAAUUAUUCCACAUAAUACCUUUACAUUUAGCAAGAUUUGGAUUAUGUAUAGUGAAUUUGAAAUUAGGCAAAAUAAUCUACCAUUAGCAAGGAAAAUACUUGGUAGAGCGAUAGGGAUGUGUCCAACUACAAAAAUGUUCAAAAAAUACAUUGAGUUGGAAAUAAAAUUAAGAGACUUUGACAGAGUACGGAAAAUAUAUGAAAAAUAUAUCGAGUAUACGCCUUCAGAGAAAGAUAUUUGGUUGGAAUAUGCAAAAUUGGAAGAGAAUUUAGGAGAUGAAGAACGAGCUCGUGCUAUUUUCAAGAUUUCAUUACAAGACGAUGUGAGCGACAUCCCCAUAAUGUCUCAAUUAUCUCUACUUGAUAGAUUUAUAAAAUUUGAAACAGAAGCACAAGAGUAUAAUAAUGCGCGCUCUUUAUAUGAAGUAUACCUCCGUAAAAGCAAUUAUUCCACUAAAAUUUGGAUUUCUUAUGCAAUGUAUGAGAGUUCUGCUCCAACAGAAAACCAGCUGGAAGCAUUAUACGGAAAUAGUAACAGUGAAUCAGAAGGAAGUGAUGAUGAUGACGAUGAUGUAGAAUUUAAACCGACAGAGGAAAAUUUUGCAAGAGCCAGAAUAAUAUUUGAGCGAGGAUUAGAAUACUUUAAAGAGAGAGAAGAUGGGAAGAACAGGUAUAUAUUAUUCCAAGCAUAUGAAGAAUUCGAGGAAAAGUUUGGCUCUGCCGAAACUAAUCAACGAGUUGUGCAACAAGCACCUAAGACAGUUUUACGUGUCAAAGACGAAAAUGGCAUUCAAAGGGAAUAUACCGAUUAUGUGUUUCCAGACGAUUCUUCGCCUUCUGGAAAGGUGAACGUAUCUCGUUUUCUUGCUUUCGCAAAGAAAUGGAAAGAAGAAGAAGAAGAAGAAGAAGAAGAAGAAGAAGAAGAAGAAGAAGAAGAUAAGAAGGAUGAGACACACGAAAUGUAA